AAUAUGUUUCUGCCCACACGUGCCGCUUCAGUGGUGGUGGAAGUGGUGCUGGGUGGCGGUGGGUAGCGUGGACAGAGGCUCCGAGUGUGUCUGCAACGGCGAGUGGGAAACGAAGAGCGGAAUCUAGUGCUCCGGGAAGAGACGUCCCAAUUUCUGCUUUCUCUCCAGAUUGAGUGGCGCUCCCACGUUCCACCAUGGGCAAAAAGGGCAAAGUCGGGAAGAGCCGGCGAGACAAGUUCUAUCACUUGGCAAAGGAGACGGGUUACCGUUCGCGCUCUGCUUUCAAGCUGAUCCAGCUGAAUCGCCGCUUUCAAUUUCUGCAGAAAGCCCGAGCCUUGCUGGACCUGUGCGCUGCACCGGGUGGAUGGCUGCAAGUGGCCACCAAGUUUAUGCCUGUAUCCAGCCUUAUUGUGGGAGUGGAUCUGGUUCCAAUCAAGCCUCUUCCCAAUGUGGUGACACUGCAGGAGGACAUCACAACAGAACGCUGUAGGCAGGCCCUGAGGAAGGAGCUGAAAACCUGGAAAGUUGAUGUUGUGCUCAAUGACGGGGCCCCCAACGUCGGGGCUAGCUGGGUCCAUGAUGCUUACUCACAAGCCCAUUUGACACUGAUGGCUCUGCGUUUGGCUUGUGAUUUUCUGGGCCGUGGUGGCUGCUUCAUCACAAAGGUUUUCCGUUCCCGUGACUAUCAGCCCUUACUAUGGAUCUUCCAGCAGCUCUUCCGCCAUGUCCAGGCCACCAAGCCCCAAGCCUCUCGUCACGAAUCUGCAGAGAUCUUUGUAGUCUGCCAGGGAUUCCUGGCUCCCGACAAGGUUGACAGUAAAUUCUUUGAUCCCAAAUUUGCCUUCAAGGAGGUUGAAGUUCAGGCCAAGACUGUUACUGAAUUGGUGACUAAAAAGAAGCCAAAGGCUGAAGGCUAUGCUGAGGGUGACCUCACACUCUAUCACCGAACCUCAGUCACUGACUUCCUCCGAGCUGCCAACCCUGUUGACUUCCUCUCCAAAGCCAGUGAAAUCUCGCUAGACGAUGAAGAGUUGGCACGGCAUCCAGCUACCACUGAGGACAUCCGGGCGUGCUGUCAGGAUAUCAGAGUGCUGGGGCGUAAGGAGCUCAGGUCCCUACUGAACUGGAGAACGAAGCUUCGGCGGUAUGUGGCCAAGAAACUGAAAGAACAAGCAAAGGCAAUGGACAUCAGCCUCAGCUCAGGGGAGGAAGAGGAAGGUGAAGAGGAGGAGUCAGCAGCUGCGAUGGGGCCGCAGCCCUCGGAGGAGGAGCAGGAGGAGCAGCAGCUGAACCGGACCCUGGCAGAGAUGAAGGCCCAGGAGUUGGCGGAGUUAAAGAGGAAGAAAAGGAAGCUGCUGCGGGAGCAGAGGAAGCAGCGGGAGCGUGUGGAGCUGAGGAUGGACCUUCCCGGGGUCUCCAUUGCAGACGAGGGCGAGACUGGCAUGUUCUCCCUGCGCACCAUCCGGGGUCACCAGCUGUUAGAGGAGGUAACACAGGGGGACAUGAGUGCUGCAGACACGUUUUUGUCUGAUCUGCCAAGAGACGACAUCUACAUAUCAGAUGUUGAGGAGGAGGAUGAUACAUCUCUGGAUAGUGACCUGGAUCCAGAGGAGCUGGCAGGAGUCAGAGAACCUCAGCGUCGAAAGGACCAAAAGUGUGUACGGUUUGCUGAAGCACAAGAUGGUAAAGAGGAGGAGGAAGAAGAGAAUCCAUUGCUGGUGCCAUUGGAGGAAAAGGCACUACUGCAGGAAGAACAGGCCAGCCUGUGGUUCUCAAAGGAUGGCUUCAGUGGGAUCGGGGAUGAUGCCGACGAGGCCCUGGAGAUCAGCCAGGCCCAGCUGUUGUACGAGAGCCGUCGCAAGGGGCAGCAGCUGCCACCACCGCCUUCCGGUGUGAAGAUGGAGAACAAACCUCCCCCGUGCCAGGACGAGGCCCCUGAGAGGGCAGAGGCUCCUUCAGGGACAGAGGCUGCCACCGGCCCUGGCGGGGAAGAGAGAGAUGGCAGUUCUGACAGUGACAGCAGCAGCAGUGAGGGUGAAGAGAGCUGGAAACCAUGCCACAGGAAGAAGCGAAGCCGUGGGCCUAAGUCAGAUGAUGAUGAUGUUGGGUUUGAGAUCGUGCCUAUCAAGGACCCAGUGAAACAUCGGAUACUGGACCCUGAAGGCCUUGCUCUAGGUGCUAUUAUUGCUUCUUCCAAAAAAGCCAAGAGGGACCUCAUAGAUGACUCCUUCAGCCGGUACACAUUUAAUGAGGAUGAGGGGGAGCUUCCAGACUGGUUUGUGCAGGAGGAACAGCAGCACAGGAUACGACAAUUGCCUAUUGAUAAGAAGGAGGUGGAGCAUUACCGGAAACGCUGGCGUGAAAUCAAUGCACGUCCCAUCAAGAAAGUGGCUGAGGCCAAGGCCAGGAAGAAACGGAGGAUGCUGAAGAAGCUGGAGCAAACCAAGAAGAAGGCAGAAGCUGUGGUCAACACAGUGGACAUCUCAGAACGGGAGAAAGUGGCACAGCUUCGAAGUCUCUAUAAGAAAGCUGGGCUUGGAAAGGAGAAACGCCAAGUCACCUAUGUUGUAGCCAAAAAGGGUGUGGGCCGCAAAGUGGGCCGGCCAGCUGGGGUCAGAGGUCACUUCAAGGUGGUGGACUCGAGAAUGAAGAAGGACCAAAGAGCACAGCAGCGGAAGGAGCAGAAGAAAAAGCACAGGCGGAAGUGAGUGGAGCCACCAGAACCUCUGAGGGACUGACUGUGAGGACGAGGAGCGAUUCGGUGCAGCUUCUGGCCUCCUUUGUACCAGCCCUACCCUUGCCUGCAUUGCAGUUGUCUGAAGAGACAGAUUUGAGGUACGCCCUGAAGCAGUGAGGGGGACAUCUUCCUGGCUGGAAGAAAGGGCUCCCGUUAAAGCCCCGCUGAAAUGUCUUGUCGGUGCUGUCAGAGCCCACAACCCUUCUGUGAAGAAUGUGGGGUGCUAGGCGAAAAGUCACACCAUUUUUAGAUCCUAAGGGGAAGUUCAGUGGUGCAGUGGCAUCACUGUAGUCUAUGCUUGGGCAAGUGGGCCUCUCAAGUCUUCCCCCAUUAUCAUCUGAAUAAAACCAGGAUGAUUAAUAGAUGUCUGACAGUUUAGUUCCUGGUAACUUUAACUCCAAAAAACACCUGGGUGUGCACACCAUGUGCACUGUUCUAAAUCAAUCAAUCAUAUUUAGUAUGUCCCGACUCACGAUGAAGUAGAAAUGACAAGCAAUCCACAGGUCCCAGUAGUAAAACAUUUACUAGAGCAAGCAGAAAGGAAUGCACAUCUGAAAGAAACCUUCACAAAGUCACAAAAUUUGAUGUAUAUUUCUUUUCCUUUUAUAAACAAGAUAAAACAAAAAUCAUCAAAAUCAUUUCAGCAAAAAAUUUUUCUACCAUAUGGCAAGUUAAAAAAAAAUACAAUGAAAUAGGAGAAAACAAUUUAAAA